AUGGACAGAGUGGUUCUUGUGUGUGAACAGAGCUGGCAGAGUCCUAAAGUAGCAAAAGAUGGUGUAACUGUUGCCAAGUCAAUUGACUUAAAAGAUCAAUAUAAAAACGUUGGAGCUAAACUUGUUCAGAAUGUUGCCAAUAACACAAAUGAAGAAGCUGGGGAUGGCACCACCACAGCUACUAUACUGGCUCGCUCUAUUGCCAAAGAAGGCUUUGAGAAGAUUAAUAAAGGUGCUAAUCCAGUGGCAAUCAGAAUAAGUGUGAUGUUAGCUGUUGAUGCUGUAAUUUCUGAGCUUAAGAAACAGUCACAACCUGUGACGACCCCUGAAGAAAUUGCUCAGGUUGCUACAAUUUCUGCAAAUGGAGACAAGGAGAUUGGCAAUAUCAUUUCUGAUGCGAUGAAGAAGGUUGGAAGAAAAGGUGUCAUCACAGUAAAGGAUGGAAAAACACUGAAUGCUGAAUUAGAAAUUAUUGAAGGUAUGAAGUUUGACCGAGGCUAUAUUUCUCCAGACUUUAUUAAUACAUUAAAAGGUAAGAAAUGUGAAUUCCAAGAUGCCUAUGUUCUGCUGAGUGAAAAGAAAAUUUCUAGUGUCCAGUCCAUUGUACCUGCUCUUGAAGUUGCCAAUGCUCACCAUAAGCCUCUGGUCAUAAUUGCUGAAGAUGUUGUUGGAGAAGCUCUGAGUACAUUGGUUUUGAAUAAGUUAAAAGUUCGUCUUCAGGUUGUAGCAGUGAAAGCACCAGGUUUAGGUGACAACAGAAAAAAUCAGCUUAAAGACAUGGCUAUUGCUACUGGUGGUGCAGUAUUUGGAGAAGAAGGAUUGACCUUGAAUCUUCAAGAUAUUCAGCCUCAUGACUUGGGAAAACUUGGAGAGGUCAUUGUGACUAAAGAUGAUGUCAUGCUUUUGAAG